AGCCUGUCUUGUUUGGCGGUGGAGAGAAGAAAUCCGACCCCUUAUGGAUAUUUAUUCGUCCAAACUGUCCCCCGCUGUGGAUUACGGAGCCGGAGCCUUCCUGCUGCUCAUAGCAAUUUUGUCAGUUGCGGGGAACCUGCUGGUCCUAGUUAUGGCAUACAAGAGGUCUUCCCAUAUGAAGCCCCCAGAGCUUCUGAGCGUGAACCUGGCAGUGACGGACCUCGGGGCUGCCAUCUCCAUGUACCCUCUGGCUGUGGCAUCAUCUUGGAACCACGCCUGGUUAGGAGGCAAUGCCACCUGUAUCUACUACGGCUUGAUGGGAUUCUUCUUCGGAGUAGCCAGUGUGGCCACCCUGACCGUCAUGGCUAUAGUACGCUUCUCUGUGUCCCUGACUUUACAAUCACCCAAGGAGAAGAUCAGUAAGAGGAGAGUGCAUGUGCUGCUGGCAGGCACGUGGCUGUACGCUCUGUUAUGGGCUCUUUUCCCUUUGCUGGGCUGGGGCAGGUACGGCCCAGAGCCAUUCGGCCUGUCCUGCACGUUGGCCUGGGGCGAGAUGAAGGAGCACAGCCCGUCCUUCGUCGUCAGCAUGUUUUCCAUGAACCUGGCCAUUCCAGCCAUCAUCAUUAUCUCCUGCUACUUUGGUAUUGCCCUUCGGCUCUAUGUCUCCUACAAGUCUGCGGACAACGGCAACCUCGUCCCCAAUGCUGUGAAGAUGCAGCGCCGGCUUAUGAUGAUCGCCGUUCUGAUCAGCGUUGGGUUCCUCGGUUGUUGGACACCCUAUGGGAUAGUGAGCUUGUGGUCUAUCUACUCCUCAAGUGCCUCUAUCCCUCCUCAUAUCAGCAUGCUGCCCUGCCUCUUUGCCAAGACCUCUACCGUCUAUAAUCCCCUGAUCUAUUACACCUUCAGCAAGACUUUCAAACGGGAGGUUAAGCAGCUUCUCCGUCUGUGCAGCAGACCUGAGACCUGCCAAGCAUCUCGGCCAAAUAACGGCACAGAGAAUUCCAUCUACCUGGUGUGUGAAAGGAAUAAGCUCAAGGAAGACCUGUCUGUGGAGCACUCGUUUGAGAAAAGCAGAGAGAUUGAGACACAAUUCAACUCUACGGCAUAUCAGUAGUUUUGGAGCUUUCUAAAUGUGGUCAUUGAAUUCAGAUCAAGAAUAGUACCACUGUCUGUGAGGUUCUGCAUCAACUAAGAUUUUUUUAUUUGUUUAAAGGGAAAAAAAACAAAACAUACAAUGCAAGGAUCUAGAAAGAAAUGGUGGAUCUAAUAACCGCACCUAUUUAUGAGACAAGAUAUUUAUUGAGGGGGUAGCAAUUACUGAAUUAUUAUUUUUUCAAUUUAAUCAAUUCCAAAUGUAACAAUAAGUCUACAUGACAAGUUUACGCUGUCAGAAAACAAUACAGGUACAUUUUUGUUAAUCGGGGUAUAAACAAUGAAAUUCAACUCUGAAAGUUACAACAGUGGUCUUAAGGUCUGGUUGUUUACUUUAAAUAAGGUUUUCAUACCUUUUCACAACCUGUUUCAAAACAGAAAGUAAAAUAAAAAGCCUGGAGUCAAGACAGGGUAUAAGGAGUCUGUGCAGCUUAAAAAAAUAUAAUUUUAAUGAAAUACGGUACAAUUAUCUUCUCUAAAUAAAGGUACCAUUGAGGGUACUGCCACAGUGACGUGAGGAGUACCACCCAGAGACAGUUUAGUACUUUGUUUUUCUGAAAGUGUAUGGAACAUGAUCAACAACAAGACAAUCUUUGAUGCCACGUCAUCUUCAUUCUCAGUGCACUAGAUGAAAUAAUUAGAAGUCUAAUUCAUGUCAUCUUCAUUUUUAUCAAACAGUACUGGUGCCUAAAUCUGCACCCUUCGGUUCCACACUUGAUCAGCUUGGCUCAGUUUAUGCACCGAACACACCUGCGCUGACGAACAUGUCGCCACUAAUUUAGUUUCUAACUAAACUAACUAACUAACUAACUCUAUUUGCUAAAUUGUCAUAAGUAUAAUGUAAAACAUGGCUCAUC